UUGCCAGAGAAAGCUCCACCCAGAUUAACGGAAGGUCGCCAUCUUUCAGGACCACAACUCGGAGUCCGCUCUUAAGAUUUUUAGUUCACAAUCUUCCGACAGACAGUAUUUCUUUAUUUUUUUGACUUUAACAUCUCUCGAUGAAGAUGCGUCAUUCAAAGCGCAUGCGCUCCCCGGGUGUCUGGUUAGACGAGUACAGCUGGGAGGAAAGAAUGGAGUGUCGUAAACGCAGGAGAUGUGAUUCACACAGCAGCGACAGAGAAAAUAGAUCCAGAAGAGAUUACCAACCCUAUAAGACGUAUGAAGGGCACUACCUGGAAAUGCGCAGUCUAAACCCCAGGCUGGAUACUGGUUACACCCAGCACAACAGUUUGGACAUGGCCUAUGACGAUGACAUUCGUGACGGCGCCUGCAAGGAAAGAGACCGCGAUUGGCACCACUACAGCAAGUCCUCUGCCCGUAGUGGUCGCAGCAGACGCACCAGUCGCAGGCCGCGAGACCGAAAAAACAGACAUAGCCGUACUCAGCACCGGUCCUCCUCGAGGAGGAGCCAUCGCCGCAGGAAAAGAUCCAGGAGUGUUGAGGAUGAUGACGAGGGUCACCUCAUCUAUCACAGUGGAGACAUGCUGAGAGCGAGAUAUGAGAUAGUGUGUACUCUAGGAGAGGGUGCCUUUGGAAAAGUCGUCGAAUGUAUUGACCACUCAAAUGAUGGGGCCAGAGUGGCUCUGAAGAUCAUUAAAAAUAUAGACCGCUACCGAGAGGCAGCUUUGUCUGAGGUAGAGGUACUUAAACAGAUCAAUUCCCUCGACACCGAUAAGAGAUAUUCUUGUGUGCAUAUCCUGGACUGGUUUGACUACCACGGACAUAUUUGUAUUUCUUUUGAGCUGCUUGGCCUCAGCACAUAUGAUUUCCUGAAGGAAAACAACUUUCUGCCUUUCCCCAUUGAUCAAAUCAGGCACAUGGCCUACCAGAUCAUCCGAGGUGUAAAAUUUCUGCACAAAAACAAGCUGACUCACACAGAUUUGAAGCCUGAAAAUAUUCUCUUCAUUAAUUCAAACUAUGAUAUGGAGUACAACCGCGAAAAGAGACGAGAUGAAAGGACACUGAAGAACCCAGAUGUGAAAAUCGUGGACUUUGGUAAUGCCACGUACGAUCAUGAGCACCAUACAUCUGUGGUGUCAACGCGCCACUAUCGCGCUCCUGAAGUUAUUUUGGACUUGGGCUGGGACCAUGCUUGUGAUGUCUGGAGUAUAGGUUGUAUACUCAUUGAGUACUACCUCGGAACAACCCUCUUCCAGACACACGAUAGUAAAGAGCAUCUUGCUAUGAUGGAGAGAGUCCUGGGUCCCAUCCCUACAAACCUUCUGGAUAAAACUAAGAAACGGCGAUAUGUUCAUCGAAACCGGUUGGACUGGGAUGUUAACAGCUCUACAGGAAGAUACGUCAAGAAACACUGCAAGCCCCUCAAGAAUUACAUAAGUUGUAAGGACGAAAACCACCAGCAGCUUUUUGACCUCAUAGAGAAGAUGAUGGAGUACGACCCAGCAAAGCGUCUCAGCCUGGAACAAGCUCUUCGACACCCCUUCUUCUCCUCCUUCUACGGCAGCAAGAGCAGCAAGAGCACCACCAGAAGCAGCAGCAGCGGUAGCAAAUGAGGCCAUUGAACCAGGAAACGUUUGACCUGUAUUCCUGGUCAGGGUUCCCUCAGCACCGGGACAUUUUUCAGGGUGCUCAGAAAUGGCCUCAACUUCCUGACUCUCCAGGAGAGAUGCAUUCUGACUGUAUCAGUCACUGCCCUGCUGCGUCACGUCCUCCACACCAACAUGUUUAAGUCUCAAUAAGUCACAUGUGCUUGUUUUGCUGUAAUUAAGUCCUACCCCAUAGGUGAUGUCUAUUUAUUUGAUUUUUUUUUUUAUAUAUAUAAUUUCAAAAGGUAACAUCUGAACAUAUUCUGGUAUAACCUUUUUUUUUUUUUUUUAAUUAAAGAGGCCUUUUCCCCCCUUUUUCUUUUGUACUUUGUGAAGUUGAUGUUUAACGUGACUUAAAAAAAUCUUAAUCCAUGAUCAGUCUCACCAGGACUUUCAUAUGGUAUUGUUGAUGUAAAAAAGAAACCAUUGAGGGCAGACAACUUGUACAUACACACUGUUUUGUUAUUCCACAGAAUGUUUAUGUAAUUUUUGCAUAUAAUGUCUCAAUAAACCUGAUGACAGAA